GAUUUCACCGUAUCGUCAAUAAACACGGUCUUAUCACAAUGAAAGCAACGCCUGCCAAAUAUUGCGUCAGCAACCUAAACCAAGUCACGAUUCCGGAACCGCGGGAGCCAACAGCAGCUGUUGUCCGCGACCCGUUGUGAUGUCACCAUGUCACGGGUCAUCAGCCAUCCGUGACGCCAUUGCCACGUGACGGCGACUGUCCAAUCGGGGCUUGCCAUGGCGAUUGCGGUCAGCCAAUGAGCGUGCGCCACGCGCGCCGCUUCUUCCUCUCAGUUCGUUCUCGACCAAGCAACAGGAUGGUUUCGUGAGAAGUUGGUCCGCGAUUUUCGCCUUGGGUUGGCCGAUGCCAAGCGUCAGGUAUUCUCGACGAUCCUAAACGCACCUUCUCUGUAGAACACAUCGUCUACAAUACCUCGGCGAGCCAUGGGCGUCCCCAAAAGGAUUCUCAUCACGGCAGUGCGCGACAGGUCAGAAAAGUCGGCCACAAUCAUCGCUCCCCAGCAUUGGAAUUUAAAGACGGAAAUGGAAGUCGACGUCGCCGAGACCGCUGCCAGCCCUCCGGUCAGAAAACGGCAGCGACUCGAUCAUCUGACCAGGGAGGAAAAGAUCAUGCGAAGAAAACUCAAGAACCGGGUGGCUGCCCAAAGUGCAAGGGACCGGAAGAAGGCUAGGAUGGACGAGCUGGAGGAGCAAGUCACUGUGCUUCAAGCUGAGAGAAAUGCGUUGGUUGCGGAGAACAAGCUCUUGCGUAAAAGGCUCCAGCAGUGCGAGAAGGAGAAGGAAAGGCUCAACCAGAGGCUGGAGUCCCAGCCCUCUUCCCCUCCUGCCAUCAUCACACCAGUCAAGACAGAGCCGUUGCGGCCAGCGUCGCCCACGGAGAGUGUAGCCAGCAGUGGGGCCAUUGAGUAUGCAUCGCUCAUUAGUGGACCUCUGCAGAAGGAUCAGGUUCUGCUGCUGACUCUUGCUCUCUGGAUGACGCAAUACGGCUUCUGGCAUCUGAUGAUGAGUGUGAUGACCUCUUUGCACUGCUACAAGAGUGCAGCGAAAACCUUCUCGACCUGCCCAUCUCCGAUGACAGCACUCCUGCUCCUGUUCCUGUUGAAGCAGGGGGACAAGCCAGAGAGCCGCUUGGUCGAGAACGUACACCCCCAGCGUGUUUGGUGGGGGCCUCACCAGAAGAGCUGGACUCCAUCAAAGAACUGAUCCACUUCGACCAUGUGUACUACAAACAGGAGGACAGCUGCGACGUAGCCACCAGCGAUGCCGACAUUGUCAUGGAGGACUCCUCAGCAGCACUGGAAGCAGCAGCAGCAGCAUCCUCGCAAUCAGGAAGCCCCCCCGCCUCUCCGUUCCCCCAGAGCCCCCGCUCGCCACCCCCCACUCCCGGCUCCGCGUUCGUGGAGUUGGAAGAUCCCGUCGUGGUGAUAGAAGACGACGACGACUGCACGACGUUGGAGCUGAAGUCCGGGGUGACUUCUCCCUCGUUGAGUGCCUUCCCCCGGGACCAUUCUCCCUUCAGGACUGCCCCCAGCCCCUCCCUGAGCGUCGAGACCGGCUAUGAGUCGGCGGUGUCUCCUCUCAGCGACUGCAGUCUCCGAGACGACAACCUGUUUGAGGAUUCUCCCUGGGAUGACUCGCUUACAGAACUGUUCCCAUCCCUGGCAUGAAGUGUCAAUUUCACGCGUUCUUAAUUUAUGAACUUUAUAGUUUUGAGAAGCCAUAGGAAAACCACCUGUACAUACUGUAAUAUAAGGGAAUUUUUAUGUUAUCAGUGCUGCUGCUUGUUCUUGUAUGAUAAUUAAAGCUCUCUGGUUCGUUUACGUCGCA